CUUGAGUUUUAAAUCAUCUCUAACCUCGAAGAAGACCGCCCAGUUGUCCACAAUAAAGAUGGCUGCGCCCUGUAGGGAGCUGCUGGCGUCCGUGGCUGUAACGGGUCUUCGUCAAAUAGCAAGCCGGGUUUCAUGUAUGCAUCGCCUUUCUGCGGUUCAAGCUUCCAACUUUGUUAACCAUGGAAAGUCAUCAGUCAAUAGAAGCCUCCACUGCCAUCAUGGGGCUGCACUGAUGUGUGAAAAACCUCAUAAAACCAUUGAGGAACCAAACCAAGAACAGCCAGAAUACAUGCCCAAGAAGAAAGCCAAAAACCCCAUGAUGAAAAUAGGUUAUGCCUGGAUCAUUGGAUUGCCUUCAGGAAUAAUUGGUUUCAUUCUAGCAAAGAGAGAGGUUGACAAGAACCGACUGAAGCAGUUGAAAAUCCGACAGCGUAUGAAGAGAGCGAAUGAAGGGGUUUAUGAAAGUGAAAGAUACAACACGCUAGACCAAAAAGUAGAAUGAAAAACUUUUAAAGAAAUGUAGAACAUUAACAAUCAACAACAUGGACAUAAUUGAAAUUGUUCUUGAUGUUCAUUUCAUGAUUUCAGACUUCUACAAACCCAACUUGAUGAACAGAACUGAAUGAAUGAAUUCCAUGUUAGAAAUUCUAUGCAUAUACCAGUCUCUAAACCAGGGAUACUCCAAUCUGGCCAUUAAGGCCAGUAGUACUGCUGGUUUUCUUUUCUACCUGAUAGUUAAUUGAUUGCCACUGAUUGGCCAGAUUCAACACCCGGUGUCCCAGAUAUAAAUCAGUUCUGAUUAGAGGGGAAGAAAACCAGCACUACUGUGGGCCCUGAGAGCUUUAUUUGAGUAUCCCUGCUCUAAACGGAUGCAUACGGAGGGUCUUUACAAAUAAACCCUGUUCUCACCAUGGGCCCAAGCUUCAACUGAUUCAAAUAUAAGCAUUGUCAAAAUAGUUUGCUAAACCUCGACAGGAACAUGGUAACAAAAUGUAAAUCUGAUUAUUGAAACCAGUAGAUCAUUGGUGACCAAUCCUGGUCCUGGAGAUCUGCCAUCCUGUAGGUUUUCAUUUCAACCUUAAUUUAACACCGGACACUACUAAAUUGGCAUUCUAUAGCGCUUGAAUGAGGUGCGCUUUGUUAGGGUUGGAGUGAGUUAUAGAUCUCUAGGAACAGGGUUGGUCACUGCAGAAGUAGUUACUGACUUCUGCAUAUACAACUUUGUAGUUCACAAACUUCUAACAUCUUUCUGCAAAGUCUUAUUAUGCAACUGCAGAUGGCCCAUAGGAGAAGCGAGUUGUUAAAUAAUAAUCUUGUCAUACCAUAUAUUACUGGCUAUCAAAGUAGCCAUACUCAUGGACAAUUAUGUUCAAUCACAACAUGAUUCUGCUUCAGAAAUAAUGUAAAAUGCCUGCUUGUGCUUAAGUUACAGCACGUAUGAGCUGGAGCAGGGGUGUCAAACUGAAUUCCCAGGGGGCUACAGUGUCUGCGGGUUUUUGUGGUUUCCUUUCAAUCAGCUACCAAUUAAGGCCUUGAGGACAAGGCGUGUGGAUACUUUAACCAAUCAACGACUUGAAUGAACCCAGAACACCCCAAAAACCAGCAGACACUACGGCCCUCCAGGACAGGAGUUUGACACCUGUGCAUUAACUCAUUUGCUCAAAUGAUACUGCAGUGGAUGCGGAUGUUUUGAAUUAUUGUGCGAAUGUCUUGCUGCUCUGUAAUAAAGAUGUAUUGUAUACAUUUCAGGCAA